AUAAAGCGGCUUCCAGAACCUCCGGGUCCCCUUUCCAAAGCAUGAGGUGACCUUCCAGGAAUUUGGCUACCGGAGGCUGCGGCACGCUGCGCCGCGUUAUAUAAGAGGACGUAACGCAGACCAGACCCAGUCCCUCCACCCUGCCAGAGAGACUCACCAGCUGGGGGAUCAGAGAGAGAGAGCGACGAGGAAGACGAGACGCACCGCGCAUCGCCAUGAAGACGCUCAUUGUCCUGACGCUGCUGGGGAUGGCCGCCGCCGCCGUCCUUUCCCAACAAGGUCCCGCCCCUCAGCAAUCAAGAAAAGUGAUCGACGCCGAAGACGUGAAGAUCCCGAGGAGCUCAGCACACGCCCUCAUCAAACGCCACAAGAGGGCCUACGACUAUUAUGAGAGGUUCUAUCCUCGUAUAAAGCCCCCCAUGGAGGUGAAGAAGGAGCAGUGUGAGAAUUAUUGGCCGUGUGAUCAGCUCUCGGAAUGGGUCGGCUUCCACCAGGCCUACCAGACCUACUUCGGACGGGUGUGAGGAGCGGCGAGAUGAAGAAAGCCCCGCCCACUGCGCCGACAAUGCACCUCCCUCUUCUUCUUCUGAGACUUCCAACCAAGGCGGACAAUGUGGCUUUCUCAUUAUCAGCUUUUAUAUUUCCAGCUCUCCUGACUCCCAACUCCCAAUUCCCGACUCCCAAUACCUGACUCCCGACUCCCAACUUCCGAUACCUGACUCCCGACUCCCAACUUCCGAUACCUGACUCCCGACUCCCAACUUCCGAUACCUGACUCCCGACUCCCAACUUCCCAUACCUGACUCCCGACUCCCAACUUCCCAUACCUGACUCCCGACUCCCAACUUCCCAUACCUGACUCCCGACUCCCAACUUCCCAUACCUGACUCCCAACUUCCCAUACCUGACUCCCGCCUCACAACUUCCGAUACCUGACUCCCGCCUCACAACUUCCGAUACCUGACUCCCGACUCCUGACUUCCGAUACCUGACUCCCAACUUCCCAUACCUGACUCCCAACUUUGAUACCCGACUUCAGACUUCCAAUUCCCGACACCGGACUCCCAACUUCUGAUUUCCGACACCCAACUCCCAACUCCUGACACCUCCAAAGAAAGAUACACACAAAGAUAAAAUAAACCUUUUUGCUGCCUAAUAAUGUUCUUUUCAUUAAUCUGUUUAUAAUUUGCCUUCCACAUCCCCAUCGAAAUGCUAAUGACAUUUUUAAAUAAAGCUUUUUCUAUUUUCAUUACCUA